AUGACAGAAACAGCAAUUCCAAAUGUUGUUCCUACUGGUGAUUCGACGUUAAUCACCGAAACUGGAACUAUAUCUAAUUCAUUUGCACCAUUCAAUAUUGAUAAACAUGAUUCACAAAUAGAACUAAAUAAUUAUUAUAUUAAUUACAUCGAUGAGCCAUUAGUUCAGUCAAAAUUAAAAACAAUAGAAAUGAACGAAAAUUUAACAGCGACGUCCAUUAUUGAUGAAAAUUCAUGUCGACUUGAAGUAUCACAAUUACCUGAAGAGAUAUUCAUUGAUGAAAAUAUUCAAUGUGAAUUUGAAUGUAUUUUUCAUGAAUUUGAUCCAGAAGUCAUUAUAUCCUAUUCCGAUACUUUUCAACGAGUUUAUUUAACUUUUUCUGAUCCAAUAUUAGCAUUUCAAGUACGUACAAAUAUGAAUGGAAAAGAAUUUCAUAAUAAAAAAAUUCACAUUUCAUAUGCAUUACAAAAUUCUUCAUCAAUUAAAUAUCUUAAACCACCUAAACAAGAACGUAUUUAUAUGCAAUCACCACCAACAACACCACCUAUUGGUUGGGUUGCUAAACGUGAAGAAUUACCUGAUAUAAAUUUCGAUUUAUUUCUUGCUUUAUCAAAAUUACAAUCUAAUGAACCACUUGAAAUUCUUUCAAAACAAAAUAAUCAUCCAGCAAUUAUUAUUCAUCCGUGUUCAGAUACAUCAUCGGAUAAUGAUGAUCUUGAUGAUGUUAUUAAUCCUAUUAUUGAUGAAUCUGGACAUAAAAAAUAUCAAACAAUUGAAGCUAAACGACGUGCUCAUAUUUUACAUGAUGCUAUUCUUGUACCAGGUGAACAACAAAUAACACAAAGUGCCGGUGAUGGAGAUAGAUUAAUAUCUUAA